AAUUCUGCCACUUCGAUUGCCACUAGAAUCCUCCCCUCCAGGCUCCAAUCCAAAAAAUCCAUCAAUCAAAUCGCCAUUCGCCAUCUUGUUCAUGUGUAAUACUUUGUGAAGAUAAUAUAAUGGCGUCAUCUUUGAUUGCCCUAACUUCUAGGGUAAUUAGACAUAUUCCAAAAAAACAUAUUCAUAUUGCUCCUAUGAGCAGUUAUGUUCGUCCUCUUAUUGGUAAAAGAGAAAUUGUAGGUUUUGGUUUCAAUGGUGAGCCAAAUUAUGUAGACAGAUCAGAUUUUCCAUUGCCAGCUAUUAGGUGGCAGGAACCUUCUCCAGAUAUACAAGCUUUAAGAGAAAAAGAAAAGGGUGACUGGAGUAAAUUGUCAAUAGAAGAAAAGAAAGCUUUGUACAGAGCAUCUUUUUGCCAGACUUUUGCAGAAUUUAAAGCUCCAACUGGUGAAUGGAAAUCCGUUAUUGGAUUGGGAUUGCUUAUACUCUCUUCAGCUUUAUGGGUAUUCUACUUCUUAAAAGCAUUUGUGUACAGUCCUCUCCCUAUCACCUUCGACAAAGAGCACAGAGAAGGUCAAUUUAGACGUAUUAUAGAUUUACAGGUCAACCCUGUACAAGGUGCAGCAUCCAAAUGGGACUAUGAAAAGGAUGAUUGGAAGAAAUAA